GCACCGAGGCACAGCACCGAGCACCGAAAGCCGGCCGCCCGGAGCAUGGCGCGGGAGCUGAGCCAGGAGGCUGUGCUGGACUUCCUCUGGGCGGCCGGGGGGCGAGCCCCCAACACGGCGCUGCUCCGCCACUUCCAGCGGUUCCUCCGCGACCCGGCACUGACGGAGCAGCAGCGGCGGGAGCGCCGCGAGUACUUCAAGAGCCUCGUCAACUCCCUGGCCACCGUCCACCCCGCCGCCGCCCCUGGCGCCUCCAAGGACAUCGUCCUCCGCCGCAGGUACCGCGACCUCCUCGAUGAGGAGCUGCCGGAGGAACAGCGGGAGCAGGAGGAGGAAAAGAAGGAGCCGGAGCCGCCGCCGCCGCCCCGACGCGACCCCGACGGGCGGCGCGGCCCCCGCGGGGAGGCGCCGCCCCCGUACCGGACCCAGCCGCUGUCCUCGGGCCCCUGGGCGCUUCGCCCCGGCGGCACGGCGCGCCCCCGGCCCCCGGCGCUGCCGUCGGGUCCUGGGGCGCUGUCCCCUGCUGUGCCGCCCCGGUCCCUGUCACCGCCGCUGCCUGCCGCCGGGCUGCCGUCUGCCACACCGUCCCGGCCUCGGACACCACCACUGCCAUUGGGCCCGGAGAUGCCGCCUCCCUACAGGUUGCCUCAGCCCCGAUCUCCGCCGCAGCCCGCGACUGGGAUGCCCUCAGUGAAGGCCCCACUGCCCUCAGCAAGCCCGGGGAGACGACCCCCCGCCGGACCCAUCCAGUCCCCGCUGCUGUCAUCGGGCCCUAGGGCGCUGUCGCCCCCCGAGCUGCCGUCAUCCCGGUCCCUGCCGUUUUUAUCCCGCACCGACCUGCCCCCGUCCCGAUCCUUGCCGUUGCUGUCCGCCCCGGAGGUGCUGCCCCUGUCCCGGUCCUUGCAGGCACUCCCUGCCGGCCCCUCCUCAUCCUCACUGCUUUUAUCAGGCCCCGAAGUGCUCCCCUCCACCAGGCUGCCCCCAUCGCAGUCCAGGUCCCUGCAGCAGCUCCCCACCAGGCCAUCCCCAGACUUGCCGAGGGGAUCCAGGGGGCUGACCCCCAAGGGACCAACCCAACCUCAAGUCCUGCGGCUGUACCCAUGCCAAAGCCUGACACUGCCGUCAGGUCCUGGGAUCCUGCCCCCCACCAGGCCCCCCCCACAAUCUCUGCCACAGUCCCCCACUCUACCAUCCCCAUCCCGCUCCCUGCAGCCACCCCUUGCCAGCUCACCCCCAUCCCAGUCCUUGCUGCCAGCACAGGGCCCCGCAGUGCCCCAAGCCCCAGAGAGCCAGCCCCCAGCACCGCUGCCUGUUUUCCGGAGCAUCAGGUGCCAGCUCGCUUUGUCGGAGGUGCAGGGCACCCCCCCAUCACUGCACGAUGACUGUGGGCGGCAGCCCCGCUCCGUGCUCUCCAAGAGCUCCCCCAGGAAUGCCGCAAGCCGGGGGCCGUUGGUGCCGCUGGGACAGCGGGAGCACGCCUGGCUGGUGGCAAUGUCAGCGGGCUGCUGGGCUCAGGUGCGGGGGCUCUUUCUGGAAGAGCCUGAGCUGGCCCUGCAGAGGGACUUCAUAUCAGGCUUCACGGUCCUUCACUGGCUGGCCAAGCACGGCGACGGGCCGGGCCUGCAGGAGCUGGCAGCGGCGGCGCAGCAGGUUGGGCUGGCCCUGGACGUGGACGCCCGCUCGGGCUGCGGGUACACGCCGCUGCACCUGGCUGCCAUACACGGCCACCAGCUUGUCAUCAAGGUGCUGGUGCUGCAGCUGGGGUGCCAGGUGCAGGUGCGGGACGGCAGCGGGCGCCGGCCGUGGGAAUACCUGGGCAGCUCCACCUCGGGGGAGAUCUGGCAGCUCCUGGAGGCACCCCGUGGCACAAUCAUGUUCCCCACGCAGCCCCUGGCCCGCAGCGUGUCCUCUGUCAGCAAGGUCUCGCCGUCCACUGGUAGGGCAGCACUGCCUGCCUGCCUCAGGGUGCAGCUCGGCCGUGGGGCAGCGUCCCACCAAUCCGGCAGCGACAGUGACUGAGACAGCUCCCUGGCAUUCCCUGCCAGUGGAGAUGGGCCCUUGGUGACCACCCUGCGAGAGGAAGCCAUGCAGGCAGAACAAAAGCUGUGAAACAGACUGAACCUAUUGAAGAAUGUACUUUUAAAUUAUUCCAAUGAACUGUUGUCUGAACCUC